AUGGGCUUGCUAAAGGGAAUAGAUCCUAUUCUUACUGCCGACCUGCUAUGGGUCUUGCGGGCAAUGGGCCACGGAGAUCGGUUGGCCAUUGUGGACUGCAACUUUCCAGCGGCGCAAGUCGCCAAGAGCACUGUCACAGGCAAAGAUCCCAUUAUUUUGACCGUGCCACUUCCACAAGCCGUGUCGGCCAUUUGUGAAUUGUUGCCACUUGAUUAUUUUGAAGAGUCAUCCGUAUUUUAUAUGGCCCCACAAGAUGGAGUAGCCAUGCCACCAGAGGGGAACGCGGUGAUUGACGAACUCAAGUCUGCCAUUGCCACAGUAUCCUCCCCGGAUGUUUCGAUUGCUCCUGUCGAACGGUUUCAAUUCUACGAAGAAGCCAAAAAGUGUUUUGCUAUUGUUCAAACCUUGGAGCGACGACCCUAUGGUAAUGCAAUUCUAGUCAAGGGUGUCAUUGGGCCUGACGGCAAGGACUUGAAACCGAAUUGA